GCGACCGGGAGGAAGGAGCUUAUUAGUUUGAUAAAGAUCUGAAGGACCUGCCCCGCCCCCUCCCCCAACUUCCCUGGGGCCCUCGCGCAGCCCGGACAGCUCCCACACCCUGAAGGCUGCUUCAGCCGCAGCAUCUUUCCCCCGCCCUCUCAGGGGCAGACCCAGCCCUGCCUGCGGUUCCUCCCCAUCGGCUCCAAGAGGGCUCAAACGCAGACUGCGGCUCCCCGGCCAGUGGCCCGGCCUCGCCCCACCUGCCCGGCUCACUGCCCGGCAGCUGCUCCCGGCUCCAGAGGCAUCCGAGCGACGGUGGGUCCCGCUGACGACUCCACCGCCGGUCUGACCCAGUCAACUCUUCCCUGCCUGGCUUUCCUUGCCUGCCCUGUUUCUAACCGUGUGGUCCCAGCUGUAGUGUGCGGGACUGAGCCCUCUCUUGCCUCCUGAAGAGCGGCCAUGGCCACCUACAAAGUCAAGGUGGCCACGGGCACUGACUUCUUCUCGGGGACACUGGACUCUAUUUCACUGACCAUCGUGGGGACCGAAGGAGAGAGCCACAAGCAGCUGUUGAACCACUUUGGGAGGGACUUUGCCACCGGGGCGGUGGAUGAGUACACCGUGCAGUGCUCUCAGGACCUGGGGGAGCUCAUCAUCAUCCGCCUGCACAAGGAGCCCCACUCCUUCCUGCCCAAGGACCCCUGGUACUGCAACUACGUGCAGAUCUGUGCCCCCAACUGCCGGGUCUACCACUUCCCAGCUUACCAGUGGAUGGACGGCUAUGAGACCCUCUCCCUCCGGGAGGCCACAGGAAAGACAGCAGCAGAUGACACACUCCCCAUACUUUUGGAACACAGACAAGAAGAGAUCAGAGCCAAGAAGGACUUCUACCACUGGCGGGUCUUCGUUCCUGGCCUCCCCAACUACGUGGACAUCCCCAGCUAUCACCCUCCUGCCCGGCGGUGCCGCAACCGAAACCGGCCUGAGUGGAAUGGUUACAUUCCGGGCUUCCCAAUUCUCAUCAACAUCAAGGCCACCAGGUUCUUAAACCUGAAUCUCCGUUUCUCCUUCGUCAAGACGGCCUCCUUCUUCUACCGCCUGGGGCCGAUGGCUCUGGCCUUCAAGCUGCGCGGCCUGGUGGAUCGCAAGCGGUCCUGGAAGAGACUAAAGGACAUCAGGAAUAUCUUCCCUGCUACCAAGUCUGUCGUCUCUGAGUACGUGGCCGAGCACUGGAGAGAGGACUGCUUCUUCGGGUACCAGUACCUCAAUGGCCUCAACCCCGGCCUGAUCCGAAGAUGCACGAAGAUCCCGGACAAAUUCCCCGUUACGGAUGAAAUGGUGGCCCCAUUCCUGGAGGAGGGGACAUGCCUGCAAGCAGAGCUGGAGAAGGGGAACAUCUACCUGGCAGAUUACCGCAUCCUGGAGGGCAUCCCCACCGUGGAGCUCAACGGGCAGCAGCAGCACCACUGCGCCCCCAUCUGCCUGCUCUACUUUAACCCGGAGGGCAACAUGAUGCCCAUUGCCAUCCAGCUCAGCCAGACCCCUGGCCCUGACUGCCCCAUCUUCCUGCCGAAUGACUCCGAGUGGGACUGGCUGCUGGCGAAGACGUGGGUGCGCUACGCCGAAUUCUACAGCCACGAGGCCAUCGCACACCUGCUGGAGAGCCACCUCAUCGGGGAAGCCUUCUGCCUGGCCCUCCUGAGGAACCUGCCCAUGUGCCACCCCCUUUACAAGCUCCUCAUUCCUCACACCCGGUACAACGUCCAGAUCAACAGCAUUGGGAGGGCCCUCCUUCUCAACAAGGGGGGUCUCUCUGCCAGGGCCAUGUCCCUGGGCCUAGAGGGAUUCGCACAGGUGAUGGUCCGGGCUCUGUCUGAGCUCACCUACAAGAGCCUCUGCAUCCCCAAUGACUUUGUGGAGCGUGGGGUCCAGGACCUGCCCGGGUACUAUUUCCGAGAUGAUAGCUUGGCGGUGUGGUACGCGAUGGAAAGGUACGUGACAGAGAUCGUCACUUAUUACUACCCAAACGACGCUGCUGUGGAGAGCGACCCGGAGCUGCAGUGCUGGGUGCAGGAGAUAUUCAAGGAGUGCCUCCUGGGGCGCGAGAGCUCAGGCUUUCCCACGUGCCUGCGCACUAUCCCGGAGCUGAUCGAGUAUGUCACGAUGGUCAUGUACACCUGCUCUGCCAGGCAUGCCGCCGUCAACACAGGCCAGCUGGAGUAUACCUCUUGGAUGCCCAACUUCCCGUCGUCCAUGCGGAACCCGCCGAUGCAGAGCAAGGGGCUGUCUACCCUGCAGACCUUCAUGGACACCUUGCCGGACGUGAAGACGACGUGCAUCGUGCUCUUGGUGCUCUGGACCCUCUGCCGAGAGCCGGACGACAGGCGGCCGCUCGGCCACUUCCCGGACAUCCAUUUUGUGGAGGAGGCGCCCCGGAGGAGCAUCGAGGCCUUCCGCCAGAACCUCAGCCAGAUCUCCCACAACAUCCGCCAGCGGAACAAGUGCCUCGCCCUCCCCUACUACUACCUGGACCCCGUGCUGAUUGAGAACAGCAUUUCCAUCUAGGCCCGCCUCCGCCCCGCCCCUCCACACACUGCCUGCUCUUUUCCAAUAAAAUCACUUCAAACGUU